AUGGCCUCUAAAAUUGUUGUCGUUGGCGCCGUGAACGGCCAAUUUAAGACUGUCUUCCAGAAGUUGGGCGCUUUACACGCGAAGAACAACUUCGCCUUCGCCAUUGUCGCAGGCGAUCUCUUCGCAGGGUCAGCCGAAGCUGAGGGCACCGACGCAGCCGAUGUGCAGUCGCUCAUUGAUGGCAACAUCGACAUACCAUUGCCGACGUACUUUGCUCUUGGCAACCAUCCCCUCCCACCAGCAGUCGUCCAGAAGUUGGAAUCAUCAAAUGACGAGCUAUGCCACAAUCUCUUCUUCCUCGGCAAGCGGACGACUAUGAAGACAUCGGAAGGCAUUCGCAUCGUCUCCCUAGGUGGACAGCUUGACCCUAACAUUGUCGCUGGCCAAUCUAAAGACAAGUACCCGCCCUUCUACAGCGAGACGGAUGCGAAGGUAUUACGAGGUGCAACCACAGCAGAUAUUCUCAUCACCAACGAGUGGCCGGAGAGCAUUCAGAAGCGUUCCAAAGUCGAGUUCAAUCCUGAAGUAAAACCGACAGCGCAACAGUGUAUCGCCGACCUGGAUGUAAUACUCAAGCCCAAAUACCACUUCUCCACAUCGGGUAGCAACUUCUACGAGCGCGAACCAUUCUUCCAUGCGCCUAGCGACGAAACCGACAACCUCUACCCGGUGACCCGAUUUAUCAGUCUGGCUUCGUUUGGCAACCCAAACAAGCAGAAAUGGAUAUACGCCUUCUCUCUCGAGCCAUCGGCCAGCCAUCCAGUCUCACCGCCAGCUGGCUCUACUGCUUGCCCUGUGACACUCUUAGAGAAGAAGCGAGUUGCGCCAGAGCACCGCGAACAGCAUCUCGUCUAUGAUGAUGGGAAUCGCGGCCGAAGAGGCAACAAGAGGCGUAAGGAUGAAUCCCGAGGACCCAUUACAGCAUCAGAGUGUUUCUUCUGUCUGGCAAACGAGAACAUCGCGACACAUUUGGUGACUUCGAUCGGCGAGAACUCUUACCUGACCACGGCCAAAGGUCCCCUGCCAACAUCGCAGACAUAUCCGAAACUUGGCUUCCCCAGCCACAUGCUCAUCAUCCCCUUCACACAUCAGCCAACGCUUGGCUCUAUGGAAGAGGAGGAACGACACGCAACCUACGCAGAGAUGCAACGCUAUCGACGCGCCAUGAACAGCAUGCUUAAAUCUGUCGCGGAUACCGAAUAUGGCUCCGUCACGUGGGAAGCCAGUAAAUCGAGUUUACCACACACUCAUUGGCAGUAUCUCCCAGUCAGCGCGGAUCUCAUAAGCAAAGGGCUUGUCGAGGCUGCUUUCAAGGCGCUAGCAGAAAACCUACACUGGCCAAAGUUUGAGAAAGAAGAUGUUGGCGAUGGGUUCGAAGAAACCAGCGACUUCUUCAGGGUACUAGUGUGGAACCCGAAAGAUGACCCUGAAAAGCAAACAAGCUACGUCAUGCGAUUUGAUGAGAAGAUCCGCUUCCAUAACCAGUUCGGACGCGAAGUAUUGGCAAAACUGUUGAGGCUCGACAACCGCGUUGACUGGAAGAACUGCGGGCAAACACAGGCCCAGGAAGAGCAGGAUGUUGAAAAGUUCAAAGAAGCGUUCAAGGAUUUCGAUUUCGCUGCUUGA